AUGACACUCUUAUAUGCAUCAGUCGGUUAUAAAGGUAGUGUUCUCGUUGAACACUAUGUUGAUCACGGAAAUUUCGUAGAUACUGCUAGAACACUUCUCACCAAGAUUCCAGCUUAUGCCAAAAAGAGUUAUUCAGUUGGAGGUCAUAACUUCCAUUAUAUAUCAGAGAAUGAAUUGGUGUUCUUGUGUUUCUGUCAUGAGAAACUUGGAUUCUCAACACCAUUCGACUUCUUGAUGGAUAUUCAAUCGAGAUUCAUUGCAUCAUACGGACACAACUUGCCUUUCAAUGCACCACCAGCAACCUACGAUCCAUUCGGUAGAGUUUUAGAAGAGAGAAUGAGAUAUUUUUCAAAUCCACAAUCAAAUAAAAUUAAUAUGAUCAAAGAUCAAGUCAGUGUCGUAAAGGAUGAACUGACUACAACUCUAGAGAAAACAAUGAACAGAGGUGGAAAGAUCGAGAUUAUCGUCGACAAGACAGAGAGAUUACAAGCAGAGUCAUUCCAAUUUAAAUCUGGUGCAACUCAAUUAAAGAGAAAGUUAUGGUGGCAAAACAAAAAGAUGAUGAUUAUUAUCUUUGUUAUAGUAUUUUACAGUCGUAAUCAUCGUUCAUCAACCAACAAAACAAACAAACAACAAUACAACAUCAUCAAAUGCUAG